AUGUGGCCACCUAGAUCACUCGACAGUCCCGGCAACCCUGGACCAGGAGGGCCACCAGGGUCAGGGGGCUUUCUCGGUAGCUUUGUCGAUGACUUUUGCAGCACUAUUUCCUCUUGUUUCUACUUCUUUUGCUGUUGCUGGGUGCUGCAAGAUUGCUUUGGUGGCCCUCUUGGUCCUUCUCAACCUCCUGGUUUUCCACCCGGGCCUCCUCCUGGAAUACCUGCCCUUAUUGGGCCUCCAAUGGGUGGUUUUGGCCCUCCUGGUCCUUCACAACCUCCUGGUUUUUCACUCGGGCCUCCUCUUGGAAUGCCUGCCCCUAUUGGGCCUCCAAUGGGUGGUCCUAGCCCACCUGGUCAGCCAACACCACCAGGCCCUCCUAGUGGCCCAUAG